UCUUCAAGUUAACUACAGAAGUGAGUUAAAGCGAAUUCAAGUGAUAUUUUCAAGUGAAUAUUAUUUUAUUGUGAAAAUAAAUAAAUAUUAACGAAAUGUCAUUACUUCCAUUAAUCUUCAACGACGUUUUAAGCGAUCCAUGGGCAAGACCAUCUCGCUUGUAUGAUCAACAUUUUGGAUUGGGACUACGAAAUGAUGAUUUAUUGGAGCCGUUCGUGGUACCAUCAUUAUUAAGCCGAAAUUACUACAGACCGUGGCGUUCAGCUUUAGCCAAAUUGGAUCAAGGAUCUACUGUAGUGGCUGACAAAGAUAAAUUCCAAGUAUCAUUGGAUGUACAACAAUUUGCUCCAAACGAAAUUCAAGUAAAAGCCAUCGAUGAUAAUCAUAUUAUCGUGGAGGGAAAACACGAGGAAAAACAGGAUGAACAUGGAUACAUUUCAAGACAAUUUACUAGAAGAUAUGCGUUGCCAGAAGGAUAUGACGGAAAAAAUUUAGCUUCUAGUCUCUCUUCAGAUGGUGUUUUAACAAUAUCUGCACCAAAGUUGGCUAUUGAAGGUUCACCAAGUGAGCGAGCAAUUCCAAUUACACAAACCGGUCCAGUUAAGAAGCAACAAUCUCAAGUCGAAGAGAAAAAGCAAUAAAUUAGCAUUUAUAUAAUUUUUCUUAGAUCUCAUCCAAGCAGAACCUGAUCGUGUGAUUUCUGUAUUAUUUUUUCGCCAAUUGUGUUCUGUUUGAAUUAGGCCUUAAUUUCUUUUUUUCAAAUUUUGUAAUUUUGUUAAGACUGUUAAUAUUAAUGUAAAUACGUCAAUUCGAUAAUAAAUUUUCCCGGUAAUAUAAA